AUGUCCAGCAAGAACACAAAAGCACUAGCGCAUGAGAAGCGCAAGGGCGAGUCUGCCUUGGGCGACUUUGCCGAGUACGUAGAGCAGCAGCAGAACCUGCGCUUCCCUGCGUCAAGACGGACCAACGUCGUCGCCACGUCUAGUGCAAAUGACGCGGAGCAUCACGAGGAAUUGGAUGAACUAUUUGAUAAUCUUGACUUGGCAGACACUGCACCGAGGAUACCUCUGAGAGACCUUGUGCUCGGGACAGAUGACCACACAUUUGAGAAGCUCCGUGAUGUCAUUGCCGAGCGCAUCGACGAGGGGAUGGGCGAGACCGUUUUCGAGCUGGGCUACGAAAACAACGGCGAUUCAAUGAACCUGACCGUGGAUGACUGGAAUACCGCGUACAAGAGACUGGUGGCUGCGGCAAAGGCCGCGGGAGCCGACUGUGACCUGCUCCUGACCAAGAACGUCGGCGGCAAACUCGAGGCAGAGACUACGGCCAAUAAGCCUGACAAGGGAGGCGGAUGCAACGGCAAGAUUCUCAUACGGAGGGUUCCCACGAAUGUUGAAGAUGUUAUUGAGACUAGAAUAGCCGUUGUCGGUAAUGUAAAGGGUGACCUGGAUGAUGGAAGAGGCAAAGCGCGUGUGAAUCUGUUCCGCCACAAGCACGAAAUCGAAAGUGGUCGAACCAGUUCCGUCGGAAUGGAGAUUAUGGGCUUUGAUAGCGUGGGAAAAGUAAUCACUUCUGAUAUACCGGGAAGAAAACCAUCAUGGGAGGACAUUGGCAAGCAAAGUGCCAAGGUAAUCACCUUCAGCGAUUUGGCCGGCCAUGAGAAAUACCUGAGAACAACAGUCUUUGGGCUGCUUUCCAGUAGCCCCAACUACUGUCUGCUCAUGGUUGCCGCGAACAACGGGCUGGUUGGCAUGAGCAAGGAGCACCUGGGAAUCGCUCUCGCUCUCAACGUGCCCGUCAUGGUCGUGGUUACCAAGAUUGACAUUUGCCCUCCAAAUAUCCUGCAGGAGACCAUUACCCAAAUCACCAAGAUCAUGAGGAGUCCGGGGGCCCGCAAGGUCCCAACCUUCAUUAAGAACCGCGAGGAUUGUAUCAACACAGCCACACAAUUUGUCAGCCAGAGGAUAUGUCCCGUGUUCCAGGUUUCCAACGUGACUGGGGAGAACUUGGGCUUGGUUCGGACUUUUCUGAAUAUCCUCCCCCACCACGGGAGAUACAAUACGGAUGCGCCAUUCGAGUUUCAUGUUAACGACACAUUCUCGGUGCCAUACACGGGGACAGUCGUUUCUGGAAUCGUCAAGUCUGGCGUGGUCCACGAGGGAGACAAUGUUCUGAUUGGGCCCGACUCCCUGGGACAGUUCACCGCUACGGCCAUUCGAUCGAUUGAGCGCAAGAGAUUACGUGUUCCCGCCGCGGUUGCCGGCCAGUCUGCCUCGUUCGCUCUGAAGAAGGUAAAGCGCAAGGAUGUGCGCAAGGGCAUGGUCGUGCUUCCAAAGGUGGAAGGUGAGCCUAACCCCAAGGUUCACCGAGAAUUCGUUGCAGAAGUAUUGAUUCUAUCCCAUGCCACCACUAUCAAGAAGAAGUAUCAGGCGAUGCUUCACGUCGGGCCAGUUUCUCAAACUUGCGCCAUCAUCGACAUUGAUAGGGAGUUGAUACGAACGGGGGACAGAGCCACGGUGGCGUUCCAGUUCGUCCAGCGGCCCGAGUACCUUGCGCCGGGCGACAGACUGCUCUUCCGUGAGGGUCGUACUAAAGGCCUGGGCAUCGUCAAGGCUGUUGGAUACGACCCCAACCACCCGUUGAUGGAGAAAUCUGCGAAUGGGGACGAUCAGAAGGAUCAAGACAAGCCUCACGCGGGACAGCAAGUUCAGGUCAGUGCAUAG